AUGCUUCUUUUCUACCUGAUUCUUUUUUUCAAAACUCAAGUAUCACUAUUAUUGAUGCAGAUUGAUGAGAAAGAAAUAAAAAUUAAAGAUUUAAAAUUGCUGCUACAAGAAUACAAUGAUAAAAUUAACCAAUUUCAAGAAAAAAUGAAAUGGCAAAAUGAAAAUUUAAAAGAAUCUAAAGGCCAACAGGAUCGCUUGAUGUCAGAAUUAGAAGAAAUUAAGAUGUCUUUGCAAAAAAGUGAGAUUUCUCAAAAAACAUUAGAAGAAGAAUUGCAAGCAGCAGGCAAAAUGAUAAUUCAGCUUACUAGAGAAAAAGAAGCUCAAAUGGAAGAAAUUAGUGAAAUUAAGAUUACACAUUCAUCAGUUGUUGUUGAAUUUGAAGCUACUAUUUCUACCUUGAAGGAAUUGCUGACAACAGAACAGCACAGAUUGGAGAAAAAUGAAGAACAGUUGAAAACACUUAUCUUGGAACUACAGAAGAAAUCAAGUGAACUUGAAGAAGAGAAAUUAUAUAAAAAGAACAAAGAAUUGCAAUUUGAAGAAGAAUCAAAAAGAACCUUGGAGGUAAAUCAAAAACUCUUAAAAGAAAAGAAACAUUUCGAGAUGAUUACUGAAAAACUUCAGGCAACAGAAAUAGAACUAAAUGAGACUCUUCAAGUCAGAGAGAAAGAAGUACAUGAUUUGAAAGUAAAAUUUAAUACAGCUGUUGAGAAUGAACAAAAUUACUUACAACAGGUUGCAGAACUGAAAACUGAACUUGAACAAGAGAGGCUAAAAAGUUUUGAAUUAACUGUGAAUUUCAACAAGAUUUCACUAGAAAACAAACAAAUAGCACAAGAAAGGAUGACUACAAUCCAAGAAUCCAAGAAAUUGCAAGAAAAUAUUAAUGAUAACAAAAAGCAAGAAGAAAAGAUGAUGAAGCAAAUUGAAAAUCUAGAAGAAACAAAAACCCUAUUGAGGGAGGAACUGGAUGCUGUAAAAGAAGAGUUAAAACAGAAAAGUGAAGAAGUUGAAAGUAAAUUGAAUGAGAGUGAAGAAAAUGCCAGAAACAAUGAAAGUGAAAUUUUGAAAAAGGAUAAGCAAAUAAAGAUAUUAGAAAACAAGUUUAACAAUUUAAAAAAACAAAUGGAAAAUAAAAACAAAUCCUUUGAAGAACUGCAACAAGAGAAUAAAGCUUUAAAAAAGAAAAGUAUAGCAGAGAAUAAACAGUUGAAUACCUACGAGAUAAAGGUAAAUAAAUUAGAAUUAGAACUAGAUGAUGCUAACAAAAGAUUUGAAGAAAUGACUGACAACUACCAAAAAGAAACUGAUAACAAAAAUAUAUUAGAAGAAAAUCUUUUGCGAGAGGUUGAAAAAGCAAAGACAAUAGCUGAUGAAGCUAUAAAAUUACAAAAAGAAAUUGAUUUAAGAUGUCAGCAUAAAAUUACUGAAAUGGUAGCACUUAUGGAAAAACAUAAGGACCAAUAUGAUAAAAUAGUUGAAGAAAGAGACACAGAAUUAGGACUGUAUAAGAACAAAGAGCAAGAGCAGUCAUUGAAAAAGACAUCUUUGGAAAUUGAGGUAACUAGCCUCAAAAGCAAACUUUCAUCUGUUGAGACUCAGCUUAAAAUAGAAACUGAGGAGAAAGAAAAACUUCUAAAAGAAGCAAAAGAGAAUAGAGACUUACUCAAGGAGAAAAAGGAUAAGAAAAUACAAACAUCUGUUUUGGCAACUCCUGAAACCAAUAAGUGGAAGUUUGAUUCUAAAAUAGAUGCUUCACAAAAUGCAUCAUUAAGUGCCAAGUCAGUUGAUUCUGGCAAAUCAAAAGACAAAGGAGAAUAUUUUUGGACACCUGCCAAGAAAACCUUAUCUAUAUCAUCACUAAAGGCAUAUACUGUGAAGACACCUACAAAAAUGAAAAUGCUGCAGAGUGAAAAGAGAAAUCCAGUCAAAGAAGGGACAAUUAAAAAAAGAAAAAUGCUUUUUGAAUUUGACACAAAUUCAGAUAGUUCAGAACAUACUGAUCUUUUGAGCCUGGUUUCAGAUGAAGAUCCAUUUCAAAAUCUGUACAAGAAUUAUCCACAACCUUCUCAUCUGUGUGUUGCAACACCAAAGAAGGAUCAUAGACCUUCAUCCUUAGCAACUCCAGGAUCAGCAAUGAAAUUUGCUGCCAUGAGAAAAAUGCGAGAAGAUGGCUGGGCUGCAGUUUCUAAAGUGGACAGGAAAAAAAAGAUGAAGGAAGCAGAAAAAUUAUUUACUUAA